AUGUGGGAUGCCCUUGGAUGGUCUGAAGAACUAGCGAAUGGAGGCAUGAUGACGGUGCAUGAGAACUACCAAGCUGCACUAAAUCCAUUAGUCGGUCACAUUGUGAACCUGUGUCUGAGCCACCACGAUCAGCUGCGGUUGGUUGCAGUACACAUCCUUUACUGUAUGAUCAUCUCCAAGUAUCACGUCUCAGGCAUUUUCAACCACAUCGAGCAUGAACUGGUCAGCAAUUUGGACACCUUGUUCAUGUCCGACAGCAAAGGUGAUGAUAUUACCUGUGCAUUCUUCAUUGGAAACCUUCAUCGUCUCUUUGAGGAAUCAGACAUAGAUGAGCAAUUACGUGCCCUUGUCGAUACCUUCUUGCAAGAGGUCAAUAUGUUUUUGGAUCUCUUGCUCAGUGUUUGUGCUCUUUCUGAAUCAGAAGAGUUCGCAGAUGAUCGAGUGAUUGCAACGCUUCAUCUGAUAAACUUCAUCCAGCAGAUCGGCCGAGAUGAGAUAUACAUCAAAUAUGUGCAUCAGCUGGUCAAUAUGCAUCUCCAAGCCCAGAACUAUGUGGAAGCUGCCCUCACUUUGAAGCUACAUGCAGACCUACAUGACUGGGAUCUUAACAGCUUCACCCCAGCUAUGGAAGACCUUGGUAAGGGUAAAGCGUGGGAGAGCACCAUCGAGAUCUGCAAGGAAUUGGCAGUGCAGCAUGCCGAGGUGAUGUUCAACUACGCUCGGCUCGCAGAGAUUCUGCAUCAUAAAGCUGCCCUACUGGAACGUAUCGUCACCGACCAGCGCUAUUAUUCUGAUUACUUCAGAGUGGCUUUCUAUGGCAGCUUCCCUGCCGCUAUUCACAACAAACAGUUCAUACUUCUAAAGCCCAUGGGAGAUCUACCAGUUGACAUUCACUUUGGGACUGACCAGUACAUCCAAUACACCACUGUCACUCCCGGACCCGGGCAGGAUUUGCCCAUCUUCACUAAUCCAGACGUGUCCUCUCAGAUCCGGGCAUAUCACGAACACAGUGCGAUUAAACUAUUCAGCUACUCAAGGCCAGCAACAAGAAUAUCGCCUGACGUAAUUGGCAUGCAGAUCUUACAAAUUUCACCUGUUCAAAGUGCCAUUCAAGAGGUGGAAGAAAAAAUGUGCGAGGUGGCUGGACUGAAUUUGAGAUACUCUAUUCUCGCCAAGACAUCGCAGGCUGUUCCAACCAAUUCUCUAGCUAUGAACCUCAACACCAUCAUCGACGUGCCAGCAGGUAGUGGUAUUGGGGCAUCCUGA